GCAUGUCCAUAUGACGUUUAAGCGACCUUGCGCGACGUCUAUUGUCUCUCCAUUUCCAAUUUUGCAAUUUUAUACUUAAAUAUGUGGUAGUUUACUUGUAUGUAAAAUAAUACGACUGUACAAAAACAAUUCCAGUCGUAUGUGGUGUAAAGUUUUAAUGAAAUUAGUGAAUUGGAUGUGUACGGCAGGUGUUACCAAGACGUAUAGGUUAUGUUCUUAGCGAAACCAUAUUUUCUGCUUAUAAAAUUGCCAAAAUGAGUGAAGGAGAUUCAAGUGGCACCACCAGAGUGGUGGCAAUACCGACAGCUUUCGUCCACAAGAAGGUAGAAUGCGUGGGAGCCGCGUUCCUGCGGUAUUACAACAUAAAAUGUCACGGGGAAGACGCAUUGUUUCAAACGUCAGAGUCCGACGAAAAGGCUGAGGAGGUGAUCUUCGAGGACAACGUGGAGUACCUGCGCAGCCUCGAGCCCAAGGAGUGGAAGCAGCAGGACCACUAUGCCGUGCUGGGCAUCAAGGCGCUGCGCUACAAGGCCACCGACGACGACAUCAAGCGCGCCUACCGACAGAAGGUGCUCAAGCACCACCCGGACAAGCGCAAGGCGCAGGGCGAGGACGUGCGCAGCGACGACGACUACUUCACCUGCAUCACCAAGGCCUACGAGAUCCUGGGCACGCCGCUCAAGCGCCGCUCCUACGACUCCGUGGACCCCGAGUUCGACGACGCCAUCCCCACUCAGGGCGAGAUCAAGAAGGAGGGCUUCUUCAAGGCCUUCGCUAAAUACUUCCAACAGAAUGCCCGCUGGUCGGAGAAACGAAAUGUGCCUUUACUAGGAGAUGAUGAUAGUACACGGGAGCAGGUUGAGAGGUUUUACGCGUUCUGGUAUGAGUUUGACUCCUGGCGCGAGUUCUCGUACAUGGACGAGGAGGAGAAGGAGAAGGGGGCGGACCGCGAGGAGCGCCGCUGGAUAGAGAAACAGAACAAAGCUGCCCGAGCCAAGCUAAAGAAAGAAGAGAUGGCCCGCAUCAGGACUCUUGUGGAUCUCGCAUACUCAAAUGAUCCCAGAAUUCAGCGCUUUAAACAAGAGGACAAAGACAAAAAAUUAGCAGCUAAGAUGGCCAAACUGAAUGCUGUACAAGCAAAGAAAGCAGAAGAAGAUAGACUAAUCAAAGAAGCUCAGCUCGCGAAACAGAAGGCCGACGAGGCAGAGCGAGCGCGGAUAGAGGCGGCGCGCGCCGAGCGGGAACAAGUCAAGAAGAUCCUCCGCAAGGAACGCAAGGCCUUCCGAGACCUGUGCAAGUCCAACAACUUCUACGCUCAAAAUGAUAACGAAAAUGUCGCACACAUGGCCGCCGUAGAGAAGAUCUGUGAAGCCAUGAAGGUCGGAGAACUACAGGACUUCAUCAAAAAAUUAGAGGCCAAUGGCAGAAGUGCAUUUGUGAAAACUAUGAAAGAAACUGAAGAGAAAUUAGAAGAGGAGAGAAGAGCAUUGUUUGACAACAAGAAAGUAGAUGAUCACAAAGCGAAGCGGGAAGCAGCGCUGCGCGCGCCCAUGGAGUGGUCGUCGGAGAUGACGCAACUGCUCAUCAAGGCCGUCAACCUGUUCCCGGCCGGGACCAACCAGCGGUGGGAAGUGGUAGCAAACUUCUUAAACCAACACGGGACCUUCACCGACGACCGCCGCUUCAACGCCAAAGACGUCCUCAACAAGGCAAAAGAUCUGCAAAACACUGACUUCUCUAAGAGCAACCUCAAGAAAGCCGCCAACGAAGAAGCGUUCAACCAAUUCGAGAAGGAGAACAAGAAGACGGCCGCCACCGUCGACGACGACAGCAUAUCCAAGAACGACCCGGUACAGAAGGAGAAGAAGUUAGUCAACGGCACAGCCAAGCCCAAGAUGAACGGCGACGUGUCUAAGGAAGUCAAGGCGGAGAAGGAGAAGGAGAAAGAGAAAGAAAAGGACAAAGAGGUACCGAAGGAGUGGACGAAAACUGAGCAGGAGCUGCUGGAGCAGGCGAUGAAGACGUUCCCGGCGAGCACCCCCGAGCGCUGGGACAAGAUCGCCGACUGCCUGCCGCAGCGGACCAAGAAGGACUGCAUGAAGCGCUACAAGGAACUCGUCGAACUGGUCAAAGCGAAGAAGCAAGCCGCCAAUCUAGCUAAAUAACAAAUACUUAACCCUAGAUAGCAAGAUCCAAUUUUAAAUUAUAUAUUGCCGUUUUUACGAUUCUCUAUUAACGGUGGCUUGCGAAGCGCCACGGUGAUUGAAAAUUCUUUGUGAGAAUAUCCUGACUACAUAUUAUAUUUUUGUGAUCACAAAAUUAAUAUCAUCAGCGUGUUAUAAGUUUAACUUACCUGCUGGAUGGUGCGCGAGCGUUUACCAUCAAGAAUAAUGAAUAGACAAACACAGACACAUCAUUCAUUUGCACUAUAAAUAUAGAAGCCAUCACAAUUUGCUAUUCUUGAUUGUAAAUAAUGUGGUCUAUCAUAAUUAUAGAUCAAAAUGGGAAUGUUUUUGUGGUACGGUUGCGGUGAGGGGGGGUAACAGGGUAUAGAGGUUAUUUUUACUUAUUUUGUAAAGUGAUAAUGAUGAUUUCGUGGGUAAAUUGUUAUUCAAGCCAGAUUCAGAACGCACCUUGUCGUAAUAGUGAAUAUUUGAAUAUACUCAGCUUUUGUGCAGUUCCUCCGUACCUUCAACAGUCUACCGACGGCAGUUACCCUCCCCGCACCGCUUUGCCUACCCCUCUAGGAUCCCAGUGAAUUGCGCUCUACAACGUUAAAUAGUCUAGAAAAAUGGCGGCGACCUGAAUUUGUCUAUGGACACCCUAGGAACAGCUGAGUGUCAUAUUUUUGUAUUUAUUACCUAAUUGUUUAUGUGGUGAUGAAUAUAGUCAAUUUAAAAUUUUUA